AUGGGACCCAAGAAUCUAACCAGCUUCUCAGAAUUCCUCCUUCUGGGACUUUCUGAGGAUCCAGAACUGCAGCCUCUCCUCUUUGGUCUGUUCCUGUCCAUAUACCUGAUCGCUGUGGCUGGGAAUCUGAGUAUCAUCUUAGCUGUCAGCUCUGACUCCCGCCUCCACACACCCAUGUAUUUCUUUCUCACCAACCUGUCCUUGGCUGACAUUGGUUUCAUCUCCACCACAGUCCCAAAGAUGCUGGUGAACAUACAGACAAAGAGCAAAUCCAUAGCCUAUGUGGGAUGUCUGACACAGGUGUCCUUUUUCUAUCUCUUUGCAAGUCUGGACAGUCUGUUCCUUACUGUGAUGGCUUAUGACCGGCUUGUGGCCAUCUGUCACCCGCUUCACUACACAGUUAUUAUGAACCCUCGACUCUGUGGCUUUUUAGUUUUGGUAUCUUUUCUUAUCAGCCUUUUGGUCUCCCAGCUGCAUAUUUCAAUGGUGUCACAGCUUACCUUCUGCACAGAUGUGGAAGUCCCUAGUUUCUUCUGUGACCCUCCACAACUCCUCAACCUUGCCUGUUCUGACACUUCAACCAAUACCAUACUGGUGUAUUUUGUUGGUGCUAUCUUUGGUUGUCUUCCAGUCUCAGGGAUCCUUUUCUCUUAUACUCGAAUCAUUUCCUCCAUUCUGAGAGUCUCAUCUUCAGGUGGGAGGUAUAAAGCCUUUUCCACUUGUGGUUCUCAUCUGUCAGUUGUUUGCUUAUUUUAUGGAACAGGUAUUGGAGCGUAUCUCAGUUCAGUUGUCUCGUCUUCUGCUAGGAAGGGUGCGGUGACCUCAGUGAUGUACACUGUGGUCACCCCCAUGUUGAACCCCUUCAUUUACAGCUUGAGGAACAGGGACAUAAAGAAAGCUCUAAGGAGGGUCCUCAGUAAAACAGCCUAA